CAAGAAAGGAGAUGAGUGCCCUAUUGAUGAUCCUAUCAGUUGUACUAGUAGUAUCUACAUUGACUGGAUCUACUAACAAUUACUAUAAUGAACCUACUGGUAAUAAAGAAAUCACAGAUUGUUCUAUUACUAAGAAAUUUGGUGAACUCAAUAAUGCAUCAAUAAUUCCAGUUCCAUUAAAACGUGGGGAAAAGAGUUAUUGGAAAGGAUUACUAAAGAUCAAGAGAAUGAUACACUGGGGUAUAGUGCAUCUAACAAUGACACAUAACUUCAAGAAUUAUACUAAUAUUACUUUCCUUGAUGAGAAAUUUAAUUUAUGUGACUACUUAGAUGAUAUAAUUAAGAAAUAUUGUCCAGUACAUCCAAGAAUAUAUGAUGUGAAUGCUAGUGCUACAAUGUCAAAACUCCUUUGGCCAGGUCAGUAUAAUGCCAGAAUAACAGCUUACAAUGAGAAAGGAGAGCAAAUAAUGUGUCUUAUGAAAGAAAUUACCAUCAAUUGAA